AAACGGGCGUGAGCCCAUGAUACAGAUAUGUAUGGUGUAAUGUUGACAAAAAUUACAUACUAAUUUUAAGUGUGGUACAUCGGUACAGCUUACAUGAGUUAUGUAAAAACAAAAUAAAAGAUAAUAGUAUAAUACUAUGGAAGAAAUGACGGGUCCUCAUUGGCUAAUUUCAACAUACGGUUUAUUGGCUCGUUUUGUAAAUAAUUUGUAGGAAUAAAAAAAAUAUGUGUGUUGCGGGUGCACUUAACAGGAACUUUAAAGUUAAUUAGAGCAAGGAGUGAAGGGGAGUCAACAGAUCCCGAUAAGAUUUUAUUAAGAAAAGCAAGAGCAUGCGAGCGGCGACGGUCAGCUAAGGAAGAUAAGUUCAUGAGACGGAGUAGAGGAGUAUAAUCAUGAGGGGGGCAGUUAACAUUCAAUUUAUGCUUCAUAUAGCACAAGAAUUUACGCUGAACACGUUCGAGUUGAUAACAGGCAUCAGCAGUUUGAGGAUCCCAUACAAUAGAGCCAUAUUCAACGAUUGGGCGUACAAGUGCACAAUAGAUGGAUUUGAGAGAGCUGAUAUGGUCUUGAAAAGACAAGUGAAUGAAAUGAAUAGUAAUAAUGAUUUGAAUGAUGAUCAAGAUGCAACCUGGGGAGGCAAGAGGACUCGAUAUUUAUAUAAUUACACAAUGCAAUGCUCAGAUUUAAUAUCAAAUACUGAUGAUUCUGAUGUCACGGAAAGUGUCCAUAGCGUUCAAUCGAAAACUACAAUGGAAGCAAUAAGCGAAGCAGAUCUUUCUACUGACAAGAGUUGUGGAAGUGACUGCGACUGUAAUGGUAGAACCAAUCACACCGAAUUUGAUGUGGCCAGUACUUCGUCAUCUGGUCAUAACAUUGAAUCCAGUUCGUCAGAUUCCUCAACAUUAAUAGAUUUUAAGGUCACCAAUAUUAUAAAUUGCGAUAAAACUUUACUUGGUACUGACCAUGGAUACUUACCUGAUGAUACCGAUGUAUGCCAAGUAAGUAAUCCAAAGACAGAUUUGCCUCCUCCGGCCUGUUUUCAACAAUGCCUCCAAUGUAGGAAGGAAAAUCCUAACCCUUACUUCCAAUACUGUUUUGUUUGUUUUCGAUAUAGAAUGGAAUAUUUUGGGAGUAAGCCUCGGCCCAAGACAAAAAAAAAAUGCAACUUAAUUGAAGAUUCUCAGAAAUCCAGUCAAUCAAAUCUUCAACAGGGUGUUUCAACUCGAACAAAAAUAAUUGAAAAUAAUAUCACUUUAAUGAAUGAAAAUAUUAAUAACAUAUGUAACAUAUGUUACAUAAUGCCUAAAAAUGGAGUAUUUAACCAUGGCAAAAUUGGCCACAUUUAUUGCUGUUACCCAUGUGCCAAAAAAUUGUGGAGAAAAUCAAAGAAUUGUCCUCUAUGUAAUGUAAAAAUUAAAUUUGUGACAAAAAUGAUUGUUGUCUAGUAAUAGUUUUGUAUUUUUUUUUAAAUUUAAAAUUUUAGAGUACAUUUUUAGCAUUCUUUUAUUAUUUUAUAUCAUCAUAGUUUAUUUAUUGUUGUUUAUUAUCAUUGUUUAUAUUUAUAGUUUAUUUAUUGUUGUUUACAAUUUUUUGAAUAUAAUUAUAUUUUAUUAUUGUAGUAUUCUAUACUCUGAACAUAGUGUAAGAGUAACCUCGGUUGGCAGCAAUGUGUUACUCUAACCUAAACUAAUUUAUCAAGAGUUGUGGUCUGACCUUACCUCAUAAAAAUCAGUCUUCACCUGAGGUUAUUCUUAUACACGAAAGAGUAUGGCAAGCUAGUUUAUUGUUUAGUUUUUUAUGUAAAUAACUGUGGUGAUAAUUGUACUUAAUAUUUAAUUUUGAUAAUUGCGGCUAUUUUCAAACUGGUUUUUUAGAUUUGCACAUUAACUGUAUUUGAUAUAUUAAAAUUUUUAUCUCAUAAUACUUAGUUAUUUAAUAAUUAAUACAACUAUUAUAAUUUGUAAUAAUUA